UAUAUAAAUAUCAUUCGCCACUGGAUCGAAAUAUUACUACCGUAGGAGAAAUAUAUUCCUCUCGGCAGUUUUUUAACAUAUAUAUUCCACUGCUCGAAAUAUAGAAGCUAGUAGGUAAGGCACAUCGAUCGAGCUCGCGCGACUCGUCUGCUUGUGUGUUGUAAUAAUUCGCGCGACAGCGAGUUCGAACUAUACGACAAAAGCACAAUCACGACGAUUCAACAAUUGUUUUACAAACUACUUGUGUGUACCGUAUAAAUAAACGGAGAAGUAGAUAUGGAAGGCUCGAGUCGAUUCGCAAUCCUCGGUCUGCUAUUUAUAGCAUGUACCAUUGGCGAGGUGCUAUCAGUGGAUUACACAGGGGACACUCACGUUCGCGUUAAGCAGCAUUGGGAGAUAACCUGCAGCAAAGUUAAGGAUCUGAGCAGCAUCUGGUGGAAGCGCAAUGGCAUGGUAUUGGGAGUAGAAGAAUUUUCCACCGGUAUGAUCAAUGUGAAAUCGCCAGUCCAGAAUGUUACCGACAAAACGUGGUCCAGUACACUGAUUGCACAGGAAGCAACGGAGGUUCACGAGGGAGCUUACACGUGCAGCGACGAAGGCAACGAAACUCACCAUCUCACUCUUAUCAAUGUGGAUUACACAGGGGACACUCCCGUUCGCGUUAAGCAGCAUUGGGAGAUAACCUGCAGCAAAGUUAAGGAUCUAAGCAGCAUCUGGUGGAAGCGCAAUGGCAUGUCAUUGGGAUCAGAAGAAUAUUCCACAGGGAAGAUCAAUGUGAAAUCGCCAGUCCAGAAUGUCACCGACAAAACGUGGUCCAGUACACUGAUUGUACAGGAAGCAACGGAGGUUCACGAGGGAGCUUACACGUGCAGCGACGAAGGCAACGUAACUCAUCAUCUCACUCUUAUCAAUGAUGAUCCUGUCCAGAAAAAUCUUACCCUAGGACAAUAGGAUGACCGAGGAAAACUGAUG